AUGAAUGUACCACCACGGAGGCGACCAAAGAAUGUGUAUAAAGGGAUGGGGAACCAAGGUUCUGGUGCUAUGAACCAAGGCUCUCGUUUUGAUGCUUUGAGGAAGACUAAGACUAGGCAAACUAAUGGUGGGAGCAGGGUUGUGCUUGGUGAUAUUUCUAAUAAGUAUGGUAAGUCAAAGGCUUCAGGAUUAUUUGGUUGUAAAACAAAUGUGGGUUUGUCUGGGCUUUCUAAUAGUAGUGUGAGUGAUAAAGGUAAGAAGGUUGUGAAUGAGAGAAGGGCUCCUGUUGUCGAAUAUGUGAAUACUCAUUUGGAUUCUUGGGGAAAGGAUCAGAGUUUGUAUCAAGAGAAGGGUGUCUUUAUAUUUGGACAUCAACCUCCAAAUAUAGCUAAUAAUGAUGAUAGUCAUGGAAUUGAUUGUGAUUAUGAGGGUGAUGGAGAUUCUGUUGCUUUGUCUUUUCAUGAUGGUCAGUUUUUUGAUGAAAGGAUGGAAAUCUCUGCAGGUAAGGUGAAUGAUUCCAAUGGGAAUGGGGUAAGCAAGGCCUUCAACAAUGUUGAAGGGAAGCCAGGUGCCACUGGCAUUAAAUUAGGAGUUAAGUCUGAUCCUAUGGUUUCGCACUUAUUUUUCGCGGAUGAUUUGAGUAGCAAACCUGACAGUGCUCCAAAGCUUGAUUAUAUGCAUAUUGCACUUAAUCGUCUCAGUAUGUCAGCGAACUAA